ACUGCCUACUCGGCCAUGAAAAGCUGCAGUCAUCCGAACCAAUCCCGCAUGAAGGAAAAUAGGCAAAUUACGCAAACUGAGGCGCUUCAACAUGGCUUACUACGAGUCGACAGACGCUUCCUGCUUCGACGGUGUCGCGCCAAGAGGGAAUCAGGAUCUUGAGGAAUACGUGGACUCUAUUCUUUCAGAGAGAUUUAGACCCAGUUUCGGGGAAGACCUAGACGUCAGGCGGUCUUUAGACCUGGACUUUGGAGCAGCAAGUCUAUGCCCUGACGACUCCCACGAUGACCUGGAUGCUUGUCUGGACUUCAGCGGAAACAACGUAACAUGUUUCUCAUCAGGCGUGUCUCACAGUGAUCAGGAUUAUUCGAGUUUGUGUGAUGUUUUGGGAGAAGAAGCAGCUGGAGGUCUUGACCUGUCCGAUGGCCCUCUGUCGCUGGAUUCCGACCAACGCCUUCGGGACUCGCGAAACUCCUUGGGUGCCACUUCGCCCUGUUCCGGCAGAAAGGGAUACCGGCACAGACACACGAGAAAGUACCUUGCAGACGAGCGCCUCCAGAAGGAGCGGAACCGCGAACUCAACAACGAGGCGUCUGCCCUGUACCGGAAGAGGCAGCGGGCGACAACCUCCAAGAAGGAAAAGCAGUUACAACACUUGCAACAGGAAAACGAUCAGCUUUGCAAAAAACUGGAACUCCUGACCGUGCAGAGCGAUUGGUGCCACGACACGUAUGAAAAAUACUAUGAAUACUUUGCAGGACCUCUGGACGAUACUUUGUAUGAACUGAGAUGAAGUUUGAUAGUUGAAUCGGCGCAAAUGACAAUACUAUUAAAUAAUGUAAAUGCCCAAUAUUUAUUUAAUUUUAAUCAAUAUUGCUCAUCACUCACUUAGAUAAUCAUUAUUGUAACCAUUAUUUUAGUUAGUAUUCAAUCAUAGGUUGAACGUUGAACGCAGGUCAGCAAGAUUGCUAGACGAGAUCGCUACCGCUGCACCACACCGCACACAAUCAGUAAAUGUUAGUAGUAGUAAGACAAAUCAUGAUCAUAUUGUUAUGUAUUUCAUUAUCAUCAUUAAUAUUGUUAUUUUCUAUGCUGUCGCAAAUAUAAAAACGCAUUUAAAUAAAGUA